AUGGCUAUUUACACAAAUAUAUUACGAGCAGUUUACGGUAGUAAGAAAACCGCUUUUUGGCCAUUGCGCAAUGGACAAGUAGUCACCAAUAAAGAACAGCGUUCUUCUUAUUUGGUUAAAAAUGAAUUUGUUAUUAAUCGAAAAGGUUUUUUUUUACAUUUUGUCGAUAUACCGAGUAUUCUAAUUUUUGCUGAAAGAUUUGGCCUGAAAGUUUAG